CAUAUCGGUAAUCAUAUCGUCAACAAUCAGCCUCCAAGCGUGUUUUCUUUUGCACAUACCACAUAUACCUUGUGGUACAUCGAAUCGGUUAAUUUAAACUUUAACUUAUUAGAAUAGGUAACUUGUUAGGUACAGAUAAUGGCAUUCGUUAUUCGUUUUGCCAAAGGUGUUCGGAACAACUGGAAGAAAUCGGUAUUUCUAGCUAGUGCCGUCGGGUAUGGAGUGUCCUACUCAAGGGAGAAGUACGAGAUAAAACAGCUGAUGCGAUACUACUGCACAGAAGCCUCCAAAUACGGUGAUGUUACCACCAGAAUCGAUAAGCCACUGCCAAAAAUUCUAGUUCUAUUGAAUCCUGCUGCCAAUCGGAAAUCCUCCGAGGAAGAUUUUCAUGACUACUGUGAACCUAUCUUGCAUCUGGCAGGCUUCGAAGUGGACGUCAUUAAAACCGAUUCCGAGGGUCACGCUAGGCGGUACGUCGAAGAGUUGACAACGUUACCCGAUGCUAUUUUAGUGGCAGGAGGGGAUGGGACGGUUUCAGAAGCCGUUUCUGGACUUAAACGUCGUCCGGAUGGUUCACAGUGUCCGAUUGGACUGCUUCCCGUGGGAAGAACUAAUCUCCUGGCAACAGCUUUGUUUCGAAGCAGCCCGGAAACGUCGACGCUAGAUAAUGUUCGAGCUAUGGCCAAUGCAGCGUAUGCGGUGGUUGCGGGGAAAAAACAGAAAAUGGAUGUUAUGCGGAUAGAGGUGCUUCCGAAUGAGGCUGACGAAAAGGUACCCGAUAAGCCGGUUUUCGCCGUAGGAAAUCUGCAGUGGGGAGCAUUUAGGGAUAUUCUUGCACUACGAGAUAAGUACUGGUAUACGGGUUCUCUGAGAGAUUACACGGCCUUUCUGUUCAAUGCUUUCGAUGGCAGUCACACGUGGAGUUGUAAAGCAAAGGUCAUUGUCACAGAUCCAUGUUCCGGUUGCAGUCGAUGCUUUCAGGAUAAUCAACAACAGCAGCCUAAGCAACAACAAACACGAAGAUGGUGGUCAGUAUUUUUACCAAAAAGUAAAGCUGCUGAUGGAGUCGACUAUUCCAAAGUGCUAAACGAAAACUGCUCCGUUGCUCGUGAGAUGGAAGUUGACUCCUCGGAGUUAAUUUUAGAAACUAACAAUAUAAAGACAGACGGUAAAUCAACUACUCCCAAGUUGAAUCUAAAGAUAGGAGUUUCUGCAGAUUCUAGUUUUAGUUUUUUGGCCAAUAGUUGGUCACGGCUAUGGAAUCGGCAAUAUAAUGAGUGCCCAGUAGCAACAAGCUUAGGUGUUAGAACUGUUGAACUAAUUCCAAGUAAGUUGAAGGCAAUUGAAAGUGAAAAAGAAUUGUAUUAUUCCAUUGAUAACGAAGCCUACGAGGUGAGGCCAGUCCGAGUGACGCUUGUUCCAAAUGCCGUAGAGAUAUUUACGUUUUAAGUUAUCACGAGGUAAAAAAACGUUCAGAAUCAACUAAACUAGUUGGGAUGUCUUUCUUUCUCUGAUCCGAAUAAAAAGUUAAAAUAUAUGGCAUCAAA